AUGGGGUGUGGUUCCAGCACACCUGCGACCCACGACGGGUCCAGGGGCACCAGCGGGGGCAGCAGGUCCAAGUCCUCCAAAGACGACUUUUACGUGGGGGACAACUACAAGCGGCUGAAACACCUAGGCAAGGGCGGCACGGGCGACACAUGGCUGUUCAAGGACUCCAAUACCGGGAGCGAGGUGGCCAUCAAAUUCAUCCGGAGACCCCUCCCGAAGGUCUUGCUCACCAACAUAGUCCGUGAAUUCCAGAUCCAAGCGGAGCUGGGGUUCGGGCACGCCAACGUGAUAAAAGCGUACGAGGCCAUCCUGACCCCCUCCCACCUCUGCCUGGUGAUGGAGUGCGCGGAGGGCGGGUCCCUGACCUCCUACGUGGCCGACAAGUGGCAGAAGGCCCAGGCCCUGGGCCUGUUCCUGUCCGAGGACGAGGCGCGCUACUUCUUCAAGCAGUUCCUGUCUGCGGUGAGCUACUGCCACGCCCACAACGUGGCCCACCGCGACCUCAAGCUGGACAACACGCUCCUGGACUCCUCCGACCCGCCCAUCAUCAAGAUCUGCGACUUUGGGUUCGCCAAGUCCUGGAGCGAGGAGGCCAACAUGUUCACCCAGAUCGGCACGCCCGUGUACAUGAGCCCCGAGCUGAUCAACUCCAAGAAUGGGAAGCUGGGGUACGAUGGCCGCAGCGUGGACGUGUGGGCCUCGGGUAUCCUCCUCCUGGUCAUGCUCCUCGGCUCCUUCCCCUUUGACCACACCGAGCACCCCGACCCCAACACCUCCGAGGCCCACCUGGAGGUCUGGCUGCAGCAGGUGAGCAAGCGGUGGAGCGAGGUGCCGCACAUGGCGGAGGCCAUCAAGAAGCUGUCGCCGGAGUGCAAGGACCUGCUCAACCGCAUCUUCACCAUCGACGCCAAGAAGCGCAUCACCAUCGAGCAGAUCAAGCAGCACCCCUGGUACAACAUGAAGGUGCCGGAGAAGUAUGCGCGCGUGCUGGAGGACCUGAACGUCAGCCAGGGCGCCAUCGAGGAGAAGAUGAAGCUGCGGCAGGAGAACGAGGAGGCGGUGACCAACCGCGCCAAGAACCUGCUGGCCAUGGUGACCGAGGCCACGACGCUGCCGGCGCCAGGCAAGGAGUGCCCGCUGCAGCACAUCAACCUGCGGGACGAGGCGGUGCUCGACCGCGACAUUGCCGUCAAGGAGGGCAACCUGGCGGCCUGA